AAUAAUUUCUUGAAAAUUACUGUUUGGCAACCAGUGUCACCCGUGUUUACACCUGAUGUAAUUGUAAGCUCCGCCCAUUGAGAUUAUUAUUAUCUACUUUCGGUUUAUCAAAUAUGCUAACCAAGUAACAUCUACUUCUGAAUUUAUCAAUUAGAUCUAAAUAUAUGUUUUUAUAUAUGAUUCAAAAUGCAUCAAGCGUCUAACUCUUUACUUAUGGGAUUCAAUUACUUUUAUUUGGGUUCUACUUUAUGUCGUACACUGGAGUUAUUCGGCCACUAUGUACACAUUGGAUAUUGGAGAUUUUCAUUCAUGUUUGAGUGUGCAGUGAAAAUGGAAGGUUACUGUUAAUAGUUUGCUGAAAGUUCAGACAGUUGGAAUACUUAUGAAUAUGUUUCAUGGCCUGGCUAUGCACAAGUUGAGGCAUGAAGUGGGGCACAAUGGCUGUGCAUUCAAGGUCAAAUGUUAUCAAAUGUCUUUUCUGGGUCACUGCAUUGUGCCUAGCAACAGUCACCUUGACAACAGAGGGGGCGGGACUUUAUGACCUGAGUUUCACACAGAACGUUUACAAUGUCUCGGUGCCAGAAAAUUCUCACGGGAAAACGUUUGCCAGUCCGGCAUCAAAAAUGGGGAUAUAUAUACCUGAGAACUUACCAGUGACCAUAACAUACCAGCUGCUGGAUACAACUGAAGAUCUCUUUAAAGUUGAAGACCGGUUAGUUGGGGAUUUCUCUUUCCUCCUUAUACGUACACAUUCCGGAAGCUAUGGUAGACUCAAUCGUGAAUUCAAGUCAGAAUAUCACUUCAAAGUGAAAGCAGUGGCAGAAAGUAAUGGAGUUACGUUUGAAACAACUGCAAAUGUGAUAGUUUAUAUAUCUGAUUUAAACGAUCUUCAGCCAUUAUUUGAUCAGACUAGCUAUGAAGUAACUGUGCCUGAAGACACCCAUCUUCAUCAAAGCAUUGCCCAGGUGUCCGCAUAUGACGGAGAUCAAGGGAUCAAUCGAGAAAUUUACUACAGCUUUGUAGAUAAAACAAACGUGUUUGCCAUUCACCCAACCAGUGGGGUCGUCACUUUAACAAGGCAACUUAACUAUUUCCUUAGAAAGGAAUAUACUUUACAAAUCUUAGCACAGGAUCGUGGUCCAAUAUCAACACAGAGUACUCGCAAAAGGCCAGCAACUCUGUUGGUGCAAGUGAGGCCGGUAAAUUAUUUCCCCCCAGACAUAAACGUUAAAAAACUACCAACUGUGAUAGAGCCCAGUCAAGGUGAGGUAGUGCUUGCUAUCGUCAAGGUGCAAGAUCGUGAUAUUGGGGAAAAUGGGAAGGUUAAAACAGUACAACUGGUACAGAGCCCUGCUAAAGAGCUUAUCAGUCUACAGAAAGGGGGCCAGGAAGGCGAAUAUAGGGUCGUUUUGAGGCCAUCGGCGCAGGUUGAGACACCGAAUCCUGGUUACAACCUGACAGUUCAAGCUAUCGAUAAUGGUGCUCCUGCUUUGGACAGAAAUGAAACAUUUUAUAUCAGUGUUUAUGAUUCAAAUGUCAUACCAAAGUUUACAGUGUCAGCUGUAAGUGUUCAGGUGGAAGAAAUAGCACCCAUUAACACGCCAAUCACGUAUGUACAAGCAGAGUCAAACCGGAGAGUUGAUAUCAGAUAUGAAAUAGUUGGCGGGAAUACGUUUAAUUUAUUUAAAGUCAAUCACAUAUCAGGCCUAGUUUCUACCUCAGCGAUCUUGGAUGCUGAAAAACUGAGAAAUGUGCAGCUGGAAAUUGUGGUCUAUAACGCUGUGCAAAGGAAUCUAAAAUCCAGUGAUUCAUGUAUUGUGAAUAUAACAAUUGUUGACAACAAUGAUAAUGCCCCACAAUUUCAUAACACAGACAAUGUUUCUGAAAUUUAUAUCCAGGAAAAUUUACCGAUUGGAUCAAGUAUUUUCAAAAUUGGUGCCACAGACCUUGAUCAAAAUGAAAAUGGUAAAAUAAGCUUUUCAAUAAUCAAUGCCAAAAAUGUUCCAUUUGAAAUAGAGCCCUUUACAGGCAUUAUUCGGACAUCCAGCAUUUUGGAUUAUGAAACAAUGCGUCACUCGUACAAGUUGAAUAUUCGAAUAUCAGAUUGGGGGCUACCUUUUUCACGGGAAAAUGAAAUGAUUUUCACUGUAAAUCUCCUGGACACAAACGACAACAAGCCUCAGUUUGAGACAGGUAAUUGCUCGGGUGUUAUUCAUAGAAAGGCUCCAGUGGGGACAGAAGUGCAGGUAGUUCCUGCAAUUGACUUUGACAUCAUUGACAUUCUGCAGUACCGUAUUGAAGCUGGAAACGAGAACUCUUGUUUUGCAAUUGACACCGGGACGGCGCGUUUAACGCUAAAUUGCCCACUGGGAGUUAUCAAAGAGACCAGUCAGCGUUUGCGAAUUGUAGCCAAAGAUGGGCUCCAUGACUCUGAUCCUGUUGAAAUUCAGAUUAAUAUCACAAAUGAUCCUGCUGAUCCAAGAAUUUCUGGAAAACCUGUGAACAUUGUCUGCCAGCGUUCAGACAUUUAUCAACGACUUCAGAAUCUUGUUGCACUUUCCCACACUAAUAACGAAGCUACAGAUUUUGGUAUUGCAAAAACGACACUACUAGACGCAGUGAACAUUGCGCCAAAAUUUAACAACUCUGUGCCAAACAAUAUCGAUCUCUCUGAAGGGGUACCUGUCGGUUCAAUCGUUGCCCAGUUUCAAGCUGUUGAUCAGGACGCUUGUUAUAAUGGCAACUUAGUUUAUGUCAUUCGCAGUGGUGAUGUCGAAGGCUAUUUUAAGAUGGAUAUGUUCACAGGUACAUUAACGGUCAUUGCCCCAUUGGACAGAGAGUUUAGAGAUGAAUAUCGCCUGCUUUUGGAAGUGUCUGAUCUUGGCUCCCCACAGUUGCUUAGCAACAUUACAGUUGACAUAAAGGUGCUAGAUGAAAAUGACAAUGCCCCAAAAUUCAAUCAAGACUUGUAUACAGUUACAAUUUCUGAAAAUAUUAAUGUGAACUCUACAGUAGCUCAAGUCUCAGCCACUGAUAAAGAUCUUGGUAAAAAUGCGGAAAUUGUGUACACUAUAGUCUCUAAUACAGAUCAUUUCUCAAUCAAUCCGUCAAGUGGAAUUAUUAAAGUUAACAAGCCUCUUGAUCGUGAAAAGUAUCCAGUUUACCAAGUGCUUGUUCGAGCCUCUGACAGAGGUGAGAAGCUGGUACGUCUCAGCUCCACGGCAAUGGUGCUUGUUGAACUGACAGAUGUCAACGAUGUAGUGCCUGAGUUUACACCAAACUCGUAUAGUGUCAGAAUACGAGAGGACCACCCUGUAGGAUCAGUUGUAACCGUGGUUACAGCAGCUGAUACAGACGAGGGAAAAUUUGGCGAAGUGUCAUACCAUCUUGUUUAUGGGGAAGAUUUCUUUGAGAUCGAUUCGGAAACUGGAGUGAUUAGAAUUAUCAAAGGCUUGGAUUACGAAAGUCACCAAGUGCAUAAUAUCAGUGUAAGGGCGCAAGAUGGAGGCAUACCGCCCCUAGUGUCUGUGUGUUUUAUCAACAUCGAAGUCUCGGAUGUAAACGAGAAUUUCCUAGCUCCUGUGUUUGAAUCAUUUUUUGCUAUUGGAUAUGUAAGUGAGAACGAACCGAUCGGGGUGACUGUGAUGUUUGUAAAAGCGUAUGACCCAGAUGGUGAUGGUGUUACAUAUUCUAUUAGAGACGGAACCGGGCUGGGAAGAUUCACUAUUGAUUCAAAUGGCACGAUUUGCACGAGUCAAGUUCUGGACCGUGAGACGGCUACACACUACUGGCUGACUGUGUAUGCCCAGGACCAUGGACUGGUCCCGCUACACUCGAGACUCGAGGUCUACAUCGAGGUCACUGAUGUCAAUGACCACAUACCGCUGACUUUUGAACCAGUGUACUACGGGACGGUGGUUGAGAACGCAAACAACGAUUUUGUGACCCAGAUACAGGCGUUCGAUCUUGAUAGGAAUCUGAAUCAGAGCCUGAAGUACGCAAUCACACGAUUCGACCCUCUGGAGUUCUUCCAAAUUCAUCCAGAUACUGGUGUGAUCCGCGCCAGUGGCAAGCCAUUCGACAGGGAAACCAGGGCGGUUCAUCAGUUGGAGGUGACAGUUACUGACCAAGGAGAGCCACCUCUCAAGUAUGAAACUCGAGUCUUCAUCAAGGUCCAGGACGACAAUGACAAUAAGCCGACCUUCAACCAGCGUCUCUACCGUCUGCAGGUGCCCGAAACUCUUCACCAUGGCAAUGACAUCGUUGUCUUCCAGAUCCUAGCCUGGGAUGACGAUGAGGGACUUAAUGGGGAAAUCGAGUUUGAAAUCCGAAGAGCGAAGGACGAUUCUGACAUCUUCACCAUUGAUCCAGAGUCGGGGGUCGUCUUCGCCACUGAUGAUCUUACAUUCGGGGAUGUACAUCACUUCGUUGUACGAGCCUCAGACAAGAGUCCCAGUGAGCCCAAACGCUCCACUGUGAAGGUGCGUAUUGAGGUAGUGGAGCGACUGAAGAAGUCUCCAAACCCGCCCAAGUUUUCAGUGCCACAUCUCAUGAAGCGUGUGAUGGAGAACGACCGCGUCGGCCAUCUUAUUGACCUGAUACAGGCCCAGGAUCUGGACCGGGACGAACUCUUUUACUCCAUUGUUGAUGGAGACCCUGACCAUCAGUUCUACAUCGGCAAGACUGAGGGAAUUCUCAUGGUGGCUCGGCCCCUGGACUGGGAGAAUAAGAAAGCAUACAACCUUACCCUGCAGGUCACAGAUGGAGUGAACAACGACAACUGUACGGUACACAUUGAGGUUAUAGAUGUGAACGACAACACGCCCCAGUUCUCUGCACUGCACUACGAGGGCAGCUUUCCGGAGAGCACUGAAGUCGGUGCAACCUUGCUCAAGGUUGUUGCCAUGGACACAGACAACAACAGACUAAUCUACUCCCUGCCUGAGUGCUGCAACACCAAAACCAGUCUGCAGCUGUUUGCUGUUGGGGCUGAAACUGGUGCAGUUGUUGUUCGUAACCCACUCGACCGAGAGGUGGCAAUGCAGCACAAUCUCACAGUGAUGGUCAAUGAUCAAGGCAUGAACCCGAACCAGAACUUCACACGUGUCACCAUCAACGUGGUCGACCACAACGACCAUGCACCACAGUUCCUCACAGCGCUCUUCAGAUGUCGCGUGUUUGAAACAGCGGCCGUUGGUACCUCGGUUAUACAGGUCUUGGCCAUCGACCAAGACAAGGGACAUAACGCUGAAGUCACAUAUUCAAUUGUCUCUGGUAACAUUGGUGGAACUUAUGACCUUGACCCAUUUUUGGGGACAGUCACCGUUGCUAAGGAGCUUGAAAAUAUUGGAAAGUCAGAGUUCAUAUUGGUUGUCAUGGCAACUGACCAGGGUGACACACCACUAAGUACUACGGCAACAGUUUCUAUCGUGGUCACCAUGUCUGAUAAUGCCCCACCGAGGUUUGAUAAACAAGAAUACAUGACAGAGUUGCUGGAGAAUCAGCCAGUGUUCACAAACGUUUUCACGAUGAUGGCAGAUUGUCGAUCAAGCGUCAUCUACACAAUUAUAGCUGGCAAUGAAAAAGGUGUUUUUGCGAUAAAUCCUAAUUCAGGUGUGGUAUUUACAAAGAAAAUGGUUGAUUAUGAAAUGGACCAUGGAUUUAAUUUGACAAUCAAAGGCACAAGUGUCAUCCAUUCCUAUGCCGUAACUUUCCUUUUUGUGCAUAUAAUUGAUGCAAAUGACAAUGCCCCAGAAUUUGUACAUACGGAAUAUGUUGGUAAUAUAACAGAGGGUUCUAAAGCUGGCAGCAUAGUUCUUGAUGGAAAGGUUGAACCAUUGGUUGUAAAAGCGAAAGACAAAGAUUCAAGCCUUAACGCUAUUUUAAUGUAUGAAAUCAGAGACGACUUUGCCAAGAAGUUCAUCAUUAUUGAUCCUAACACUGGUGCCUUAAGGACAGCUGUAGAUAUUGAUCAUGAAGUAAUCAGUAAAAUAGAAAUGACAGUAGAAGUAUGGGACAUGGGUAAACCCCAGCUACGAUCACGCUCCCCUGCCAAGGUCACUGUUUAUAUAAACGAUGUCAAUGAUACACCCCCACAGUUCAGUGCGCAGUCCUACAAAGCAGAGGUUCUGUUACCAACGUACAAAGAUGUUAUCGUCGCACAAACUGUAACAACAGAUGCAGACACGGGGAUCAAUUCGAAGUUGCAGUACUCCAUUGUGAAGGGAAACUCGGAGAAACGCUUCAGAAUCAGUAAAUUCUCUGGAGCAGUGUACAUCGAUAAUGAGGUUGACAUUGGCGAUGCCUACACUUUAACCAUUGAAGUUUAUGACGGGGUAUUUCGAUCACAAGCAUUAUUGAACGUCAGUAUAUCAAAACCUGUCCAGCACCCAUUCCACUUUACACAAGAAGUCUACGUAGCCAGUGUUCAUGAGAACAGCCCCAUGGAGGAAACCUUGACGGUGGUGCAGGUUGCAGAUAGAGCUCUGAACCAACAGUACACUUUCAGUCUGCUCAACGGUCAGGGGAAGUUUGAGAUGGGCAGGACGUCUGGAGUGCUUACAACUACUGGUCUCUUGUUUGAUAGAGAGGAAAUCAAUAUUUAUAAUCUGGUUGUUGAGGUGAGGCGGGAAAGUUCAAGUGGUACUGAGCGUGCUCACGUGGUUGUCAUGGUUACAGUAGAAGAUGAGAACGACAACAGCCCCAUGUUCACCAACCAGCCGUACCACGCUGUGUUGGUACAUACCUCCCCAUUUGGGCAUGUCAUCAAACAGGUUACGGCCAUUGAUCACGAUGCAAACAAGUUUGGGCGUGUCACAUACAGCUGGAAAGGUCAAGGUGACAUUGACAGCCGGUUCGCCAUCGAUCCUGACUCAGGGAAGAUAACUCUGUUCAAGCCUUUGAGGGAGACUGAUGUUGAGCAGAGAAUAACACUGGCAGUCACAGCACGAGAUGGAGGGUUGCCAGCCAGGACUGCGGAGACAUCUGUGCAGGUGUCCAUUAUCAGUGACAUCUAUCCCGUGUUUGAGCACACAGUCUACCGUGCCUCCAUUCCCGAGUACUUCCCAAUCGGAUCAUCCGUAGCGAGUCUUUCUGCCAACAGUCCAAGUGGUCAGAAGCUCAUUUACACGAUCAGUGACGGUGAUACUUAUGGAGAUUUCAACGUUGAUUAUAAUAUUGGUGUGGUCAAAGUUCAGGGGGAGGUAACCAUGUCAACGUCCAGCUACAAUCUGACUGUCCAGGCCAUAGAGGUCAUGUCUGGACUCACCGCUACAGCCAUGCUUAUGGUCACUGUUCAGGAUGUAAACAACAUUUCCCCGAGUUUUUCGGAGCAUCUCUACACAGUCAGCAUAUCUGAAUCUGCCAGAAUUGGUGCCUUAGUCACCAAAGUUACGGCCUUUGACCCUGAACCGAAAAACAACGGCCUUAUCCACUACUCAUUACUCCCUCUUGUCUCAGGUAACGCGCUGGACUAUUUCUCAAUCGACCCAGAAACUGGAACUAUAUUUACCAAGCGGUUCUUGGACAGAGAACAACAGUCGGAAUAUCAGCUUUUGGUCGAGGCGGCUGAUAGUGGCAUUCCAGCAUUGUCAGGGACGACUGCGGUUGUCGUGAAGAUUGAUGACCUCAAUGACAACCCACCAGUAUUUGACCAGCCAUUCUACCACUGCACCAUCACUGACCAGGUCACCAGAGGUCAGCUGGUCACCAAGGUUUCGGCCACUGAUCCGGACUCCUGUAGCAUGGGGGCUCUACGUUAUGCUAUCAUAGCAGGAAACGAUGAUCAGACGUUUGAAAUGGAUGAAGUAAAAGGGAUCAUACUUCUUUCUCUGCACAGGGUUCCAAAACUUCACCUUGCAUACAAUCUGAAUAUUUCGGUUUCCGAUGGUGUGUUCUCGAAUUUUGCCCGCAUGAAUAUCAAGGUACAGAAUAGCAACAAGCAUGCCCCAAGGUUUGACCGCCAGAUGUAUGUAGCAGAGUUUCCCGAGAACUACGGGGAGGGGAUGUUAGUCACUCAGGUCAAGGCCACAGAUGAAGAUGACGGGACAUAUGGGAUGAUCACCUACUCCAUACCCAGCGAGGAAAUGCAGCAGUACUUCCGUAUAGACGCUGAUACUGGUGAGAUGUACUCCAUGCAAGUGCUGGAUCGUGAACAAAGGUCCGUGUACUCUGUCCCAGUAGCUGUCACAGACAAUGGGGGCCGUAUGACCUUUACGACCGUGCAUAUCUCUGUGUCCGACCAGAAUGACAAUGUGCCGCAGUUCCUUGCCCAGGAAUACAAGAUCACCGCUCUUGACGGGCUGCCUCUGAACUACACUGUCCUACAGAUUCUUGCUGAGGAUCCAGAUAUAGACAGGAACGGAGCCAUUGAGUACAGCUUCUCCCCAGGAACUUCCGAGCGUGUGACCCAGACAUUCCGUCUUGAUCCAAACUCAGGGACGAUAACUCUUGCAGCAAGUCUCAAGGACUCUGUGAAUGAGUAUUUCCAGUUCUUCGUUCAAGCAAGUGACAAAGGGCUGACCCCUAUGAAGAAUGAUGUCCCGGUCAACAUUUGGGUCAUGGACAACGACAGCGCUCAACCGGUAUUCUCCCAGCCUGCCUACUCCUUCUUCAUGCUGGAAAACGAACCAGUUUCUUCAGUUGUAGCCACAGUUAAAGCCCUGAGCUCUUCACCCUUAGAGUACAUAAUAGUGCCAGGAUACACAAAGGGCAGUAACUCUCCAGCCAGAUUCAGCAUCGACAGUCAGGGAAGAAUUCAUGUUACGUCUGCUGUGGACAUGGAGACCAUAAGUGUGUACACUCUGACCGUGCAGGGUCAGACACUCAGCAACCCCCCUCUGGUGACACAAGCCAUUGUCUACAUUCGCUUGAUGGACAUUAACGACAACUACCCUUACUUCGAGUCGUUUCCCUACAUGGUCACUGUACCAGAAAACGCAGAAGCUGGAACAGAACUGAUGCAGGUUGUGGCACGUGAUUUAGACAGGUCUUCAAAAUUUGUCUACUCAUUCGGAGACGAUGUACGAAAAUAUUCGCAGAAAUUCAGCAUUGAUUCGAGCACAGGGAUGAUAAGUCUGUUAUCUCCCUUGGACCGUGAGGCACAGGACCUGUAUAACCUGACCGUGUUGGUGAAUGAUAAUGAAGGUCCCCACGCCCUUCAGAACUUCACGGUCGUACAGGUCAAGGUUAUGGACCAUAAUGACAACCCUCCCGAAUUCAACCGCCCCCUUUACCAGGCUGCAGUGAAUGAGGACGCAUUUGAAGGGACCAUUCUUAUGACCUUGACAACGGUUGACAAGGAUUUGACCUUUGAUCCUCAGUAUUACAUCACAGAGGGUGACCCAGAAGGGAAAUUUAAGAUUCGUAAAAAUGGAGAUGUUUACGUGAAUCGUGUACUUGACAGAGAGCAGGUGCCAAGGUACAAGCUGACUGUUGCCGUCACUGAUGGCGCCUUUGUUACCACGGCAACACUAACUAUUGACAUUCUUGACGCUAAUGACAACGCGCCAGUAUGCAGCAAGCCCGUGUACACAGCCGUGGUCAGUGAAGAUGUGACCCCAAGCUGGGUCAUUGCACACCUCAAGGCCACUGACGCAGAUGAAUACGGUUCCUUGAGAUACGAACUUACGGGACAUGGUGCUAAAGAUUUCUACAUCGAACCUAACUCUGGUAUCCUGACAGCAGCCGUGUCUUUGGACCGAGAGCAUGAGGACCGCUAUUACAUGGAGGUGAGGGCAGUGGACAUCGGGGGCAAGUUCUGUGUCACGGAGGUACACCUCACGAUACGCGAUGUAAACGACAACAGCCCAGUGUUUGAGACGCUAGAACAGCCAGUCAGUAUCAGCGAGGGAGCACCAGUCAACACCCUCGUGUAUCGUGUGACUGCUUCGGAUGCUGAUCUUGGUAACGACCGCCAAAUAGUGUACUCGUUGAUAUCCAACUCGGGGGAGACUUUCAAGAUGGACUCCAAGAGUGGACUAAUCCAGUUGUCCAAGCCUCUUGACCGAGAGAGAAUGCCCGCAUACACCUUACGGGUCAGGGCCACUGACAAGGGCACCCCUCAACUUACCAGUGAGAUGGACAUAGACAUCACAGUGACGGACAUCAACGAUAAUCCACCCGAGUUUGAGCAGACCACGUACUGGUCAUCUGUGCCUGAGGACGCGGUCAUUGGUCAGUACGUGACCACUGUACGAGCCACCAGUAGAGACAUUGGUCUCAAUGCCAAGAUUGCCUACUUCAUACAGUCAGGAAACGACAAGGAUAAGUUCACAGUGGAGCCUGACACAGGUGUUAUUCGUACUGCUGGAUACCUGGACCAUGAGUCGGUUCCAGGCUACGUGCUCACAAUUCGGGCCCAGGACCAUGGCGACGUUCCACUCAGCAACAUGGCCUUCGUGCAGAUCAAUGUGACCGAUGUUAAUGACAAUGCCCCAGUGUUCAUGCAGAAACACUACACAGGGCAGGUCCGAGAGGAUGCAGCUAUAGGGACUCGCGUUCUGCAGCUGUCCACAGCUGACCUUGACAGUGACCGAGCCAACAAGGUUGUCAACUACAGCAUCAUGGCUGGGGACAGCCUGCACGUGUUUGAUGUUCAUCGAACUGAGGGAUACCUCAUUGUGAGGAGCCGUCUUGAUAGGGAAGAUGUUGACAUGUACACGCUGCAAGUUCGUGCAACCAACUACCACAUGAGCACGGACACACUGGUCACCAUAGUGAUUCUAGAUGCCAACGACUGUGCGCCCACUUUCUCCCAGGAGAACUAUACAUUGCUUGUGCAGGAGGACAGGAAGCUUACCACAUGCAUCCUGAAAUUUGAGGUCACGGAUGAUGACCUCGACCCCAACGGUGCGCCCUUCACCUUUGACCUCAUAGGUCACAAGGAUGAGAAAUUCAAGGUCGAUGCGGAGGGAAAUCUGUGUAUUGCAGGCGAGUUGAACCGCAAGAUCACAGCCAUAUAUCACCUUAAGGUGCGGGUGUUUGACAGCGGCACCCCUGCCAUGUUUUCUGACGUAAAUGUCGAUGUGGAGGUUAUUGAAGAAAGCACCCAAGCCCCUGUGGUUUCUAAUCUGGAUGUGUCCAUCAGCUCGUAUCUAGAUGAAUUCCCAGGAGGUGUGAUUGGUACACUGAAAGCUGUGGAUGGGGACAAGUUUGAUACUCUCUCUUAUACGGUAUCUUCUGUGCAUCGUAACAUGUUUGAUAUCGACAAGAAAGAUGGGCGCGUGAUUGCAUUUGCUGGUUUGGAUUCAGGGAGGUACAGUGUCAAUGUUAGUGUCACAGAUGGAAAGUAUACCUCGAUUGGUAUUGUAAACGUAGAUGUUACCACAAUCACCAAGCAAAUGAUAGAGAAUGCAGUCACCAUACAGUUUGAAAAUAUGGAACCUAGAGAGUUUGUGAAAAUCCACAAGGCCGACUUUAUUCGAUUGGUGAAGGAUGACCUGAAUGUUAGAACAAGUGACGUCAUGAUAAUUAGUAUUCAGAACUCCCAGAGCUCGAUUAACAAGUCAGCAAGAAAACGCCGUAACACUGGCGAUAAGAACCUAGAUGUGUUGUUUGCUGUUUACAAGGGAAGUGAGUAUCUGUCGAGAGACAAACUGAAACGAAGGGUCAUGAAAAUAGAAGACGAAAUCGAGACUGCUUUGGUUGUAAAGAUUGUGAGUGUAUUCUCCGAUAUUUGCAGCAAGGAUCUGUGUAAGGAAGGGGAAUGUGUGGGGCUUGUAGAGUUUGACAAGGACAGUCUGGUUCCGGUGUUCCUGGAUGGUGGAAGCUUUGUAUCUGCCAAGCACAAGUACACAUAUGAGUGUCAGUGCCCCAAUGGGAACAUAGGUGACAACUGCCUGCCCAACCCACGUAGCUGCUCAGAGGCGCCAUGUCCCGAGUACAAGGUGUGUGUCCCAGACGUGGAGCGUGGGUACCAGUGUAUGUGCCCGCCGGGUCAGACUGGGCGACAUUGUGAGAAAGACCUCGAUAACAAGUGUGAUAACAUCAACUGUAACAAAGGAGACUCUCCAAUCACAUUCACGGGUUCUAGCUACGCCAAGUGGACGCUGCACAACAAGAUUGAGGAGCGACUCAGCCUCUCUCUGAGAAUUAAGACGAUCAAAGAGACUUCCUGCCUCAUGUUUGCCAAGGGACGCGUUGACUACAGCAUUCUAGAGCUGAAGAACGGCAUGGUGCAGUACCGGUUUGACUGUGGCAGCGGUGAGGGGCUCGUACUUCUGCCGAACCACAUCAGUGACGGCAAGUGGCACACCAUCAUGGUGGAGCGCUACGGCAACUCUGCGGAAGUGUUCCUCGAUGGACAGUACUCUGCCAUUACAACCGCCCCUGGCAAGAACGAUGUCUUGAAUCUGGACAAUAGCGAUGUGUACUUUGGUGCCGAGGUCGAGACCUACUCCAAUGGGUAUAUUGAUGUACGCAAAGGUUUCCGGGGCUGUAUUGAGGAUAUAAGGAUUCAUAACGUUCGUCUGCCUGUUUCCGGUAGCAACGCGGUGGCGCUUUCUCAGCAAUUUGAACACGUGGAGUUCUCUUGUAGGGAUUCUGAGUUUGCUCUGCUUGGGGACAACGUGUGCAGCAGUUUUCCGUGUAUGAACGGUGGCAAGUGUGAGUCAGCCGGUACCUCAUACAUCUGUCGGUGCGGAGACCGCUUCUCAGGCCAGCGCUGUGAGAUUGACAAGGAACCUUGCCUCAAGAUGCCUUGUCUCAACAACGGUGUUUGCCAGAAUGUGAAGGGUGUCCCCAACGACUUCUUCUGCACUUGUCAAACUGGGUACCAGGGACGACGGUGUGAGUACGGCAAGUACUGUCGCUCCCUGCCCUGUCUGCAGGGGGGCACCUGCAUUGAGGGACCUACUUCCUACACCUGCCGCUGCCUGCCUGGAUAUAGUGGCCCACGCUGUGAGUCCUUACAGGACGUGUGUUUGUCAAACCCGUGUGAGAAUGAUGGGACCUGUCUGCAGGAGGGAACCAUGUACACGUGUAACUGCACGCUUUCAUACCAAGGUGACAAGUGCCAGGAUGUAGUCCUCCCAGUGGUCACGUCCAACGCAGCAGGAAUCAUGUCCGAUGAGAUCUACAUUAUAGUUGGUGUUGUCUGUGCCCUGAUUAUCAUAGUCGUCAUAUUAGUGAUUGUACGUGUGAUGUGUCAGCGAAGGAAGCGACGACACCGCCAAAACAUCACUGGAGGGGUAGCGCAUGACACUCCAGAUGUCUACCUGAAUCUAUUGAAGAAUGACAAGCACAAAUACAAAGCCGAGAACCUUGUUGAAAAUGUGAACAAUCGGCGAAAAACUCCUCCAUCACCGACGCCACCACCUGUUCCUAACAGACCUGCUUCCUAUACACCGAGCGCUCGUGACUCCAUCCACACACUGAACAACUUUGACCAGUUGAGGAAUUGUAACUAUGGCAGUGCAGCAGACGACCUUGAGAAUCCUCGGAAUAUCCCGCCCUACAAUGUGGACUUUCAGACGUUUGGUCCAGUACGUAGCGUGGCGAGCGUUCAGCCCACGUUGCCUGCCCCUUUGUCGGCAAGUGACUCGGACUCACUGCAGAAGGAACCCUGGGAGAGAGCCUGUCAGAAUAUCCUGCAGAAUUAUAUGUCAGUUGCAGAGAAGAAUUCAGACAAGAUGCUGAAGAAGAUGCCAGUCGGGACAGUUCAGCCAAUGAACCAUCUUCAAGGUCACGUGCAUGACAACACUUCGGUGAGCAGUCUGCCGAUAUCAGAGUCCGAGGACGACCAACAAGGGUCUGCAAAAAAUGGCUAUCACUGGGAUGCGUCCGACUGGGCCCCGGAGAAGUCUCUUCCCAACAUCAGUGAGCUACCUGCGGGCGAGUGCCCAGAUUCUCCCGGGUCAGGAAGCCCGCAUAGCAACGAAUCCAACACCAACGUUUAUGUGACCAGGAACAGCGGCCACUACAUGGCUGACUGGGAAUUCAUGGAGUCAGAAUAUGUCGGUUAUUCAGAAUCCACAGAGACUGAUACGGAAAAUAUUCCUGAUAUAGAUCUACCAAACUACGAGAAACUUUUAGCUGAGCAGAGUCGACUAUUGGAGGGGUAUGAAAGUAGGAAUAUUAACGUUCACAUCCACCCGAACUAUUACCUGCCCCUGAACUCGAGUUUCACGAGCACUCACAGCGCAGAGGAAGGUCCGCGCCAGGAAAUCUGGCCUCCUCCGCCAGCCUACGCUGUGAACGGUCUUGACAGCACUGCAAGUGACUCCAGCCACACCACCAGCUCAGAAGAUGACAACGAAUCUGUCUUACACUAUGGCUUCCCUGUAAACCAGAACAAUAUCAACCGCUUGUCCAUGAUCACCACCGACAGCGAGUUUGAUCAUCGUCGGCUGUCAGCUGCUUUCACGACGGACAGUGACUUCAAUGAUGGUGAUAACAACCAUGGUGAGGUUGUGGAUGAUAUGUCUGAAAUUUCUGGUCUGUGUGAGCUAGAAGACAGUGAGGCAAACAUCAGCGAUGAUGAAAACACGCCCCUUCAGACAGACAAGCGGAUAACAGAAGUUUAGAUUGAUAGUGUUGGGCUUGUUUUUUGUGUGACAGGAUAAUCAAUUAUAUUUUCAUAAAUUUGGGGUCAAUAUUGACUCUUGGGAACAAAUUAUAACAAUCAUUGCUUUUUUGACAAACUAUUCAUCUGCUUAGCAUAUGAUCACAGUUUAUUCCUGGUACAUAGCUUGCAUAGUGGUUUGGAAUCAGGAGCCUUACUUAAGUAAAAUUGAGCUAAAUGCAGGUGCAUAAAGUGUCAUCCCAGAUUAGCCUGUGCAUUUUUCACAGGCUAAUCAGGAACGACAGUUUCUGCAUGGACUGCAUUUACAUUUAGAAAAGAACUUUAAACAAAAAAUUUCAUAAAGGCGGAAAGGGUUGUUCCUGAUUAUCCUGUGAGGACUUCACAGGCUGAUCUGGGAUAAAAUUUGAUGUACAUGCAUUAAGCCCUGUUUUCCCAGAGCAUGUCUCAAUGUGUAAUAGCUAAACUGUAUUAGGAAAAGUAUGAAUUACAUACACCUUUAUUAUUACAAGUAUGUCUGAAUACUUUGAUGAAUUAAAUACAAAAUGGAAUUAUUGGUAUGAUCAUUAGAUUAGGGCUUGAAGUAUACUAUAAGUAUUAGGGCUUAGCUUUUUAAAAUGUGAUGUUCAUUGAAGUAUGAACUUUUUAGUCAUGUGGUGCUUUUUAUUGUGUCUUGUAUGGCGAUAUAUCAUAGAUUCAUCUUCAAAAUCACUUUAAUUCACUCAUUGAACAUUAUUUAAAAAAUACUUUUUGUACUAUAUGACUUUGUUAUAUGAUGUUUAAAAUGUAUUUUUGUAUUGUUGCAGUAUUUUGUUGAUAUUUUGUGUUGUUAUAACCUGGUUUCAGUAAAUCAACCCAGGAUCCAAAUGAUCCUAUAGGAAGUUGUGCCUAACACAGUCAUGUUGUGAUCCUCUUUAACAGUCAGAACUGUCCAGAGUCCUGACUACCCUACACUUCAGUCCAUUUUUACCAGUAUGCCAAAUGGAUAAUAAAACAGACAUCCUGACCUUUAACAUCAAGGUCAUCUGUCACCCCCAACAUGUUUUUCCCUCUCAUAAUUUUAAACAUCAGACUCUGGACCUUCUGCUAAAUAGUAAAAUAUAUUAUGAUAUAAUUUCUACCUGCUUCAUGCCUUAUGAUUUAAAGUCAUCAACUAGAAAUUAUAAAGAUACCGGACCAAUGUGUUAAUACCUGUUCACUAGGGUAAAUCUUUUGAGUUUUUCAAUUAACAAUAUAUUGUUUAUUGUCCAAAAACCCUGAUUGCUGCUAAUAUGUAUUUCUCUGUAAGGUAUUUAUCCAUGGGUCUAAAAAUGUGCUCAAUUUAUCUGGCAUUGUAACAUAGUCCUGGUCUUAAAGUUUUGGUAUAUUUUAAAUUAAUAUUUGAAUUUAUUUUAUGCUUUCCGGUGGUUUAUAGAGAAAUAUCAGUGAAAUAAAAUUGGUAUUCCAUUGUUUUAAACAGUGAAAAAUAACAAUGAAAAAUAUCGAUAUUUUUCACUGUUUUACUGUGAAAUGACGUUAUUUUUUCGACGAAAUGACGUCAUUAAUCCAGCGAAAUCAUCCAGUUAAACUCAUUUACAAUGUAAAUAAACGGUAAAAAGCAUAAAAUAAAAAGAAAAUUUGUUGGAUUCGAUGGAAUAUCGAUUUUAUUUCACCCGUGAUCAUAGAAAAUAUAUAUUUUCACUCAAAUAAAAUCGAUAUUCCACCGAAUCCAACAAAUAUCCUCUAUUUAUCUGAAUUUUGUUUAUUGGUAAUUUAUAUCAUUUUCCUUUUUCUCAUGCCAGUAUGUUGCUUUUAAAAUUAAGUUAAUAAGUUAAUGACCAGUUACAAUGAUAUCAACGUUUAUAGUCUUGCCACAGCCCGAAGUGUUUUGGAUUGUGGAGGAUGUAAACAUGUCUGACAGAAAAUAUAAGUCUUUCAAUGAAGCUCAAUCUAAAUACCCCUUCAUGUAAGAUAGAUGUGGGGUGAUUAAUAUUGGCUGAAAAGUGUAACCUCUAGAUUAAAGUUUCUGUUCUUGAUUUUCACAAACGCUCUGACCUCAGAUUACACAUUUGUGAUGUUGUGAAACAAAAGUGCUUCCAAUACAUUGUCUUAUUGAUGUUGAAAUUAUGUGUAUGGCUGUACGGACAUAUCUGUUGGCAUUUUUCAGAUGUAUUUUUUACUUUAUAGUUUGAAAUAUGUUCAGCACGAUUUUAUAAUUGCAGUAUACCAGUAUUACCAAUAGGUAAUUCAUGGAAGGAAUCAUUAUGAUUAAAUAUUACUCUUAUAAUUCAGUUGAUUUUCCAUUCUGUUGUUUCCUAAAUUUCAUUUUGAAAAUUUCAAUUGCCUCCAAUGAAAAUGUUAAUUCCUGGAAGUUUGCCUUCAAUAUUAUCAUUUGUAAAAUUAUGUUUACAUGUAUAUAACAUAUGUCACAUCAGAUCCUAUGUAUUCAGAUCUAAAACAGAGAAUUUCAAUUGGUUGCGAUAGUCCAAACCUAUUGUACAAGAAACUUUCCUUCUCCUUGUGACCAUGAAUAUAAUUGAAAAAUUAUGAACAUAAGUUAUAAAAUGUAAAUAAAAUACAUUAUAAACAUUUUAUGUUUGUGACUUGAGACUUUUUAAUUUUGAUGUUUUAAACUUUCUGUAAAUAUAUUAUUGUGCAUUUUAGCAACAUUGAUUUAAAACUCAUUACUUAGCAAUAUGUUGCUAAGGUGUAGUUUAACAUGUGUGAAUUAUGAGAAUUACGUUGUGAUGUGUCCUUGUAAAGUAUUUUAGUUAACCUUAAGUUUAAAAUUAUAAUUGUAAAUUGGGAAGUUUUAUUUUGUAAUAUCUUUUUAGAUCUGAUAUAUAGCAAUUAAGGUUGUGUUAGAAUUGUGCAUUUGUUGUUUAAAUUAUAGUUUGUACAUGUUCUUAUAUGUUGUUUUGUUAAUUAUUCACCAAUUGUGUUUUCCAAAUUGCAACUGUACGUAGAAUUCAUCUCUAUUAAUUUUAACACAAAUGUGAUAUCCUAAUAGUUCUCAUGAUUAAGGAAUUAUUUAAUUAUUUGCAUUAAUAAUAUAACAAAUGUGAGGAGUGGUUUUGCUUCGUUUUAGAAGAGCAUGUAUUGAAAUCAUGUGUAUAUGUUAAGAUUGAAAUAAACUGUUGUGAAUUAUAACAAAUAUUUUUACUGUAAGGAAUGUCCACUUUGUACAGUUGCAAUCGGGAAAACAUGAUAAUGUUGUUGAGAAUAUGGUUAAAAAUUAUAAAACUAUAAAAAUGUUUUGAUGCAAAACAAAAUGAAACAAAGAUA